AUGCAGGAAUCCAGAGAACAAAGCUUGAGUCAUGUGAGCAACACAGAAGUCAGCGAUCAGAAACCUGAAUCAUCAAGCCUUGGUUCAAACCUUCCCAUGUCCAGUGAGAUUCUGACAUGCACUGAUUAUAUCCCAAGGUCAUCAAAUGAUUAUACCUCACAGAUGUAUUCUGCAAAGCCAUAUGCACAUAUCCUUUCUGUACCUGUAUCGGAAACAAUGAGCCCUUACCCUGGUCAGACUCAGUACCAAGCACUACAGCAGUCUCAGCCCUACACCAUCUACCCCCAGACCACCCAAACCUAUGGACUACCUCCUUUCGGUGCACUGUGGCCAGGUAUGAAACCUGAAAGUGGUUUAAUUCAGACUCCAUCUACAAGUCAGCACAGUGUUUUUACCUGCACUACAGGGUUAACCACAAGCCAGCCCAGCCCAGCACAUUAUUCUUAUUCCAUUGAAGCAUCAACCACCAAUGCCAGUCCAGUCUCUACAUCCUCAACGGUUGUCAAUAUUUCCACGUCAGCAGUAGCCAGCAUCUCCCAGGAAUAUCCUACGUACACGAUCCUUGGCCAAAGUCAGUACCAGACGUGUUACCCGAGUUCUGGCUUCGGAGUCGUAACACCAGCAGACAGCAACACGGAGAGUACUGCGUUAGCAACAACUACGUAUCCAACCGAGAAACCAAACACCAUGGUGCCUACGCGGACAGCGCAGAGACAUUCCUCUGGAGAUGCAUCCACAAGUCCUUCAUUAUCAAGAGCAACAGCAAGCAAAGAGUUAGAUGAGCAGGCAAGAAAAAACAUCCCUGGGAAGAACAGGGGGAAGAGGAAAGCAGAUACCUCGUCCUCACAGGACAGCGAGCUGGAGAGAGUGUUUCUCUGGGACCUGGAUGAGACCAUCAUAAUCUUCCAUUCACUUCUCACAGGGUCUUAUGCUCAAAAAUAUGGCAAGGAUCCAACUCUAGUGAUUGGCUCGGGUCUGUCAAUGGAGGAGAUGAUUUUUGAAGUAGCUGAUACUCACUUGUUUUUCAAUGACUUGGAGGAGUGUGACCAGGUGCACAUAGAAGACGUGGCAUCUGAUGACAAUGGCCAAGAUUUAAGCAACUACAAUUUCUCCACGGAUGGCUUCAGUGGCUCAGGCAGCAACGCAAAUCACAGCUCAUCGGUUGGUGUCCAGGGUGGAGUGGACUGGAUGCGAAAACUGGCCUUCCGCUACCGCCGAGUACGAGAGAUCUACGACAAAUACAAAAAUAACGUUGGAGGCCUUCUUAGCCCGCAGAAGAGGGAAGCUCUGCAGCGACUAAGGACUGAUAUAGAAGUGCUAACGGAUUCCUGGCUGGAAACUGCAUUAAAGUCCCUGCUGCUCAUACAGUCCAGAAAAAACUGUGUGAACAUCCUGAUCACAACCACCCAACUGGUGCCAGCUCUUGCCAAAGUUCUCCUGUAUGGAUUGGGCGAGGUGUUUCCCAUCGAAAAUAUUUAUAGUGCUACAAAAAUAGGUAAAGAGAGCUGUUUUGAGAGGAUCGUGUCACGAUUUGGAAAGAAAGUCACCUAUGUGGUAAUUGGAGAUGGGCGUGAUGAAGAGGUUGCAGCUAAGCAGCACAACAUGCCUUUCUGGAGGAUCACAAAUCAUGCAGACCUCGUGUCCCUUCACCAAGCCCUCGAGUUAGACUUCCUGUAAGAAGCUGGAGCAAAGGCGUGACUGCAGCUCCUGCAAGCCCUCUCCGUCGCUGGGGAGGCAGAAAUCUCAUACAUCUGGGGACUCACUUUUCAGCUUGAUGAAGAAAACAUACCUAAUGCAAACUGUACAGUAAAACAUGACACCAGGCUGUUUCCUCAGGAGCAAGGUCCUGCCAAGUACAAAGGUGUCGUCUAAAGAAGCACUAGACUCGGCAGAGCUAGAGCUUGUCUGAAGAAGAGACUGACAGAAGCCAGCUGAAUUCCUCUAGCAGGUAGUCUCCAGAGGGAGAGGGUGAUACAACAGCAGAAGUAUUUGUAAGAGCCUUCUCCUUUCUAUUCAGCUUAGUUGUAGAACCCAAGUAAACACAAAACCUUAUUUUUAUAGGAAAAUACUGAUGGCAGAGCUGAACCUUCCUUGUUUUGCAAAGCCAAAAAGAGCUAUGUUGUUUUUUUUUUCCAUAGGAAAUAUUAAUGAAAAUGUCAAAAAUACCUCUGUUG